CCAAGCACUAACACGCGCUCAGUCCCAUCGGUGCAGGGCUUCAUAGUAAAGACUAUCUAUCCCAUUAGUAUGUUUAUGUGCACCGUACUUUGUACAUGUUCACCGCUUCCCUUGGCACGUUUGUAUUGUGUAUACAUUCCAAUUGGAUCGUGCGCCGUCGUCCGCAACACAACAAGCUCCGCUGUUUGCCUUGAGACUGUGUGUAGGCCCAUCUCGUCGGAUCCAUGCGAGGUUUAGUUGCAAUUGGAUUUCGACACGGUUCGCACAAGGCAUCCACCGUGUCUCUCAUCUCGUGGAUACAAACCAGCGGUCGUAAAAGAAGGUGGGCCCUCGCUAGUGGAGAACUUUCACUCGGGUGGUUGGCUAGUCCCUACAUGGCCCCAUCUCAACUCCAUGGGCUGACGGGAUCGAUAGAUUGCGGGGUACGUGCGUUCGAAAGUCGUUGUCGUUCGUGGACCAUCCGGUGGUCUAAGGUGAUAGCUAGGACGUGGCCGCGGUCAACUAAUCCAAGCAGCGAGUUGCUGCAGCAACAGCAACAAGGCCGCCUAUGUUGGCAUGUGGAGAAUGUGCUUGUAAAAGACGAUCGCGAAGAGUGUGGGAUUAGUCUUUUUUGUUAAAAUAAAGCAAACAGUGGAGAGAAAAGCCAGAGAUUAACAACUACAUACAACAAGCUUAGCAAUGCAGGACAGUGUUAACGUGUUGAACAAUGAUGGUGAUGAUGGUUCUAAUCCAACGGAAGCGAGAAAUGGCACUGAUAUCGAUCUGAUGAAUUGUAGCGUGAAUGCGGACAGUUUCCGGGAGAAAAUAAGCGAAUGCAUACGCAACAAGGGCCCAGGCGCUCCAUUUACCAGUGAUAGAAACGUUCGGCCCGCUUCCUUACCAAUUAAAAAGUGUUUCAAUUACAACGAAGAUGGUGCUGGUGUUGGUAGUAGCCAAGCGGACACUCAAGGCGAGGCACUACUAGGCAGUGUAUCGCAGUCGAGAGCUGAGGCGACAUUCCUUAGCCCAAGUGAAGGCCAAUUUUGGAAGCGCUAUGCAGAGGUGUCAAAGUUCACGAAAGACAAUAGCAACGGCAAUAGCAAUAACAGCGGUGGACCGGAUUCUGCCGCGAAGAGUCGUCGAAGGUCGGAUACGUCGUUUAUGCUAGCGAAGCAGCGAUUAUCGUCGUUUGGUGUGGGAGAACACUCGACGACAAAUGCCGAGACAAUGGAUGAUGAUUUAGCGCCGCUCUUGCCCAGCAAGCGAGAAUUGUCGCAGGAGGACAUCUAUCAAUCUCAGACUUCGCUCGUGUCCAGCUCCGAGGGUGGAAUCCUAGCCGAGGGCGAAGAGACUUCCAGUGAAUCGCAGGCCUCCGAAAACUCCCGCAGUCCAGCAUGUGUUCUGGGUCUAGUCGAACGGUUACUGCGAACGCACCCAGUGUGGUUCCUACCCGGUAUCCAACGUUCCGGUGCCGUUCAUCUGCUCCAAGGGAAGGAGGAAGGGAAUUUCAUCGUUCGUGGUUCGAGUCAAUCGAAAACCAUGGCCGUCUCCGUUCGUCUUCCCUUGGAGACCGGUCCGUACAUUGAGCACUACUUAAUCCAGUCGAACGAAGGCCUACUUAGUUUGGAAAGCUCUCGGUUCAAGUUCGACUCGAUUCCAGCGCUCAUUGCCCACUACUCGCAGUGUUGUGAUGAACUUCCGGUUCAACUUUGUCUUCCCAAAGCGCUUCGUGAAGCGAAAAAUCGACAGCAGCUAUCCUCGCUGGCCCUGCUGGGACAGGAGUUCUGGCGUUAUCCGAUGGCAUCGCCCAAACCCAAAACCGUACUAUCAGCCAAUUCUAGUCACUUGAACACACCGUCCGAUGCCACGCAAUCCAGUGGUAUCGGAUUGACGUUCAACAACAAUAGGAACUUAUCAUCUUUCAACAAUUUCGGUCCCGAAAGCAAUUCAAAUUUUGUCGGCCCGAGUGAAACUCCCACGGAUACUAUAUCCACCAUGAGCAGUUUCACCUUUGGACCGGGACAUCAACUCCUAAGUCCGGAGUCGAUUGACAGCGCAGUAAUUAUGUCACCGUCGGACCCGAACCAAACGGGAAUAAUUGGCAAAACGAGCACUUUUAAGUCGAAGCGACCACUUCCAUCGCCUACCAUGGUUUCGUGCGACGUUGAAAAGCAGAUUGAAAUCUUCAACGCCAAUUUGUUUGGCAGCACGGAUUCUAAAAUGAAUGAAACGGUUAGCACCAGCACACUGGAACGGCAGUUGAAGACACCGAGACCUACUCCGCCGAAUACUUUAAACCUAAAACCUAUCAGGAGUCCUCCAGCGCCACCUGCUAGACGAUUGAAGCCAGCCAGUGCUGCCAGUACGCCAAACACCGAUUCCAAUCAGAUGUUUUCCAACAAUAUCACGGUGACGACGACGGUCACAUUCAGCGUGGACAAUCAUACAACUGCCCAAAUCAUAGAAUUGGUUCCACCAAACGAAACUAACAACAACAGCAAUAGCAAAAGUUUUUCUACUUUCCAGAGCUCCCUCAAGCGGCUACCGCCAGAUGGAGAGUGUCACAUUUCCGGGUCGCUGUUUAGGAACCAGGACUUGGAUGAUCGAGCGUCCGACUCGGAAGGCAACCUACUGGCAAUUCAGUCUCCUUUGGGUGGUAGCAACGGAAAUCAGCAAUCGUUUCGGAAACAUACCAAAAUGGAAUCUAGCUCAGGGUUGAUCCAUUCUACGCGAACCAGCAGGCGAAGCAAACGGAAAGAGUCCAAACAUUAUCAGGAAUCUGACAUUCUGGAAUCUCCUUCUGUGUACUGUCGAAGCAAUUUAGGGGAUAAAAUCAGUGAUUACGAAGAUCUAUGGACGCAGGAUAGCAAUGGCAACACCACUUUAAUAAAGGGCGAUAAAUUGUCUUCUUUCAAACCUGCACUGGAUAAAUCUCUAGAUCCAUUAAUACCAGCUCAAGAAACAUUCAGUUCAUCGGUGCUUGAUCGGCCAUUUGUUCCGUACAAUCCAACCAUUCCAACAGAUGCUUCAAAGCCAUCUUUGCUAUCAUCUUUCAGCAGCAGUGAAAAUUUCAUUCAACUUCGGCAGCGGGACGCCAGUAGCGAUCGUAGCACUCCAACUGAAUCACACCAUAGGAAUGUUAUGAAAACAUUUUCGCCUACUCCGAUGCAUGAAAAACCCCUGCAUAAUCCGAUGCUGGAGCCUCGAUAUCGGAUGGGACUGUGUUUCCCGAAUACGAAUCGAGUCGACUCAAAUGGAAAUAGCGAUCAUAACCGAACGGAGACUCCUUCCCCAUUGUUGAACAAUGGAGGGACAGCUCCGUCGAGUAAACAGGACAGCCCGUUCUAUGCUGACCCGGCCGAUGUUCUGAGCAGCAUUGUGCGAAGAAGUCCUUUCAACAGGUCUGCAAUGUUGGCGAGUAAUCAGAGGCAUUCCGAGCCGCCGAAACAGUUACUGCUUGAUCCCAAUUCACCGCUUAUGUGGCCGCCGGCGGAGCAAGAUGUCAGGCACAAGAACCAAUUGGCUGCAUCGUUGGACGAACUGAAAAAUCCCAGAAACGUGCAUCAGCACCAUCAACAGCAGCACCACAACCACCAACCGCACAGCCGUGUGGGUCAGGCGGCCUGGUGUAACUUUGAACGAUUGUCGCUGGAGCAGACGGAAAACCACGACUAUGAUAACGAUCUGCGCUGGACGAAGGAACCCACGAAGUCGCAAACUCCUCAACCGCCGGUUGACGGUUCCGUGGGACAGAGGAAUGUCAAAAUAUUGCCACCGGAUGAUGGGCGAACCAUCACUGUCCAUCAGAUCAUUGCCAAACGAUUGCCACACCUAGACUUGCCAGAGUUACCCAUGAAUAGCAAUGGGCCGUCGGAAACGGCGAGGAACAACGGAAAUGAGAAUAGCACCGGUACGCUGACCAGGACUCAACGGAAGUCCGCCUAUGACAACGUGGAGAAACAGACUGCAGGGUAUGCAACAUCCCUACUGAAUAGCGCUCAGUCAGACGACGGUACGGUUUUCUCAGAACCCUGGGACAGUUCUCAAUGGGAUAGUUUUCUACCUCAAGACAACAACGCCGACACUAUGCCAGUCAGAGACAUCCAAGCAAGCUGUGCGACUGGUGGAAUAGGUGGAGGCGGUGGAAGGCUGUCCGAACGAUACGGGUCGAGAAAUGAGCUCUCGACCUACAACAGCUUGUCGUUGCGUCGCAACGGCCAGCAGAAGAAAUGCAGUGUCGCUUCGCAAAAGGUUGCUACGAUACUGCGAUCCAGGAGCUGCCGAGAUCGGGAGAUAUUGUGCCAUCCACGUAACAAGACUGUAUUCAACGGUCCGGGCGAAUCGAUCGGAACGUACGCCUUGUCGUUGGCCGACGACACCGAAUCGACCUUCUCGCGGAAUAUAUCCAACUUCAUAUCAUGCACCAAAGAGUCGAAAGCCGCCCCGCAGGUCGUGAUGCGUAACAUGCGACAGUUCAUGAGCGGCAUGAAGAACUACCUGGUCAAACACGGCGAGGGAGAGUUUGCCAACGAGGUGCAGAAGGCGCGAUCUCAGCUCAAAUCGGACGAAUUCCUCAAUCUGGACUCGAUUCUGGAGGAAGUGAUGCAUCGGCUGGUGAUUUUGCCACUGAGGGAGCAUCUCUAUGGGCUGUUUGUCGAUUACUACACGCAGUCCGGAGACAUUCAACUGCUGGUGGAGAAGGUCAAACAGGCCUGCGGGCGGGGACCAUCAGUGUUCGGGAUCAAGAACACCGUGACUCCACCGAGCCCAAGUGCUCUCCGGCAAAUAUCGGCCCUCUUUGUACGCCUUCAGGAGACGGAACUGCCCCUGGAGAAGCUAGAUCUUCUGCUGACGGCCGUAUCGACCAUUUUCGAAGCCACAUUCUGCUGCAACGGCCAGCAGCUCAGUGCGGACGACUUUUUACCAGUAUUAGUGCUAGUGGUGGCUCAUUGUGGGUUUAUCGGAGCCGAAAUCGAAGCCGAGUACAUGUGGGGUCUGAUUCAGCCGUCGCUGCUGAGCGGCGAGGCAGGAUAUUAUCUGACCGCGCUUUGCAGUGCUGUGCACGUGUUGAAAAACUUUUCGUUGCACGAUCACGAAGGAAUCUCCGGAUCAGUAGAGUGGAACUCGUCAACGCUUCCGGAGUGCUCAUCCGUUCUAAGGGUAAUAAUCCCCGACGAGUACAACGGUUCGAUCCAGACGCGCACUUUACCAAUUCGGCCUCACACGACGACAAAGGAGGUGUGUCGAAUCAUAGCCCACAAGGCAAGGAUUACCAAUGCCCAAGACUAUGGACUGUUCAAGCUGAUCGACGGGGAAGAGACCCUCCUGCAGGAUAACGAGUGUCCCCAGGAUGUGCGGAUGGCAGCAUGCGGGAAACACUGCAUGAUCGCCUACAAACGGGUGGACGCGAAAAUUGCAUGGCCUACUGUAAUGCCAACGAGUUUGACUGAUAAUCAAUAGCGUUAGUGGUUCCGAUAGCAAGCUAGCAUGUGAAAAUCAAAUAUACAUAGACGUUUUUUUUUUUAUUUAUUUGACCAAUCGAAAAUCGGUUUUAUACAUUAUUGCAGCUCGCAGAAUAUAUGAUGGUUUCGAACGCGAUGAAUGCGCUCCCCUAGA